AUGAUUUUCAAGUCAUCACUUGUCAUCUUGCUGGCAGCGGGUGCCUUCGGAUUCCCCGCUGUUGGCAAAGAGUACUCUAAUUCAUCGCAUCCAACGUCGAGCUGCGUUAAGUGCGAUCUGCCUGAGCCUCCCGUGGAGCCGCCUUGCCCUACCGGAGAUGCCGGACAGAAUCGCUUCGGGCUUUCAGGAGAGCAGACGGCCACCUUUGCGGAGAAUGGGCCAAUUGCCACCUUGUCGCCCAAUGUUCACUGGUCUUGCGAUACCGCACCGGCUUCGAACGUCAUCCCCAUCCCGGCCAAUGAGGGCUCUCAGAUGUACUACGGCGUUGGAGUGAACCUCGAUCACUGCGACCAUGUGGCGUCGAUGGAAUACACAGCCGGGGCUCUUAUAAUUGUGUUUGCUUCGGAGGAGGCUUACAGACACGCCGUGGAUACCUGGGCCACCGACGGCGACGGUGGCUUGAUCCUGCUAGCUUUCAUUAAAGGCUGUGGAGACUAUUUGAAGGGUGAGAGAUGCUACUUUGUGGUAUCUGAGUUGGACUUUGGUCCUCCUGGCUAUGUUGUCAGAGCCAACGGCAAAGCCCGUCACCCCGACGAGAUCGCCACAUCCGGGUCAGCCACAUGGGGUCAUUGGUCACCAAGGAAAGGCGAGCCAGGAAUCCAGCGUACUGGCUCAGGAAGUGGUUCAGGUUCUGGGCCGGCCUUUACCUGGUCUCCCCAGCCAACGGUAUCGCCAGGAUCAGGCUCUGGGCCCGGACAACAACCUGGAUCAAACACCCCUGGAGCCUCCGCAGCGGCGCCCCCAGCUCCGAGUCCAUCUGGGAUCACGACGGCCAAUCUUUCCACUACGCGGUCCUGUGCAGGACCGCUGGAUACAAAGUACGGCCUCCCCACGGCCUGCUUGGGAGAGUUCUUUGACGAAGAUCUGGACGAUUCGCUUGGCUACACGGACCUCAGCCAAGACGAUCAUCGAUAUAUCCUUGGCUACGCACCCGACUUCCCGAAUGAAAGCCUUCCACCUGCGUUUGACUUCGAUGUAGAUGCGGAGGGAUUCUUCAAAAAGCGUCACAACCAGCUUCGCAAGCGGCAAGCAGGACUCAUCAAAGCGGCCGCUGACAUCGCCAAGAAAGCCUACCAGACUGUUCAAUUUGCCACGGCGCUCUCCGGAACUAUCAACCGUGAGUUCAUUUGGAAGCUCCCCGAUCCAUCAUCUGGGAAUGCCGACGCCAAGAAGGUCCAAGACAGAGAAGCAAAGCAGAUGAGGUCGCCUUGGGGUGACGCCAUUCUCCUCAGACGGUUCAGUAACAGCGCCAGGGGUAACGGAGGGAGUGCCAAUGGGUUCAUGGACGUCUAUUGCGUUGGUUGCGGUGUCACUGGCAACGCAAAGGUCGCCGGCUCAGCCAAAUGGACUCCUGGCGAGGGCAUCGUCGAAGGACAGGUCGAAAUCCGCACGGAUGUCAUGUUCGUUCUCAAGGUCGGCAUCGAUGCUGGGAUUGUUCUGAAGCAGAACUUCAAAGCAGAGCUAUUCAGCCUCGGACUACCGGGACUUUCAUUUGGAGUCGUGUCUAUUGGGCCUCGCAUCACAGUGGCCACGAGCGUCGUUCUUCAAGCUGCUGCCACAGGGAGGCUUCUCGCGGGCGCGCAAAUGGGACUGGAAGAUGCUCGCAUCGUUCUUGACCUUGUCAAUGAAAGCAAAGCCCCCAAAGGCUGGGAGCCUUACUUCAAGCCAGUGUUUGAGGCCAACGGCAGCUUGAUGGUCUCUUCAACUCUCUCACUGCCAAUCGGCAUCAAGUGUGGAAUCAAAGUCGGCACCUUUUCAAAGGACGUGGGGGUCAUCUCCGAACCAUCUAUCAAGGGCGUUGCCCAAGUGGCAGCGUCUAUCGGAAACUCCGCUGGGGUACUCGAGGGCGGUUUCACCUCAAGAGAUGGCUGCCCCGGCAUCGCAGGGCAGAUCAGCUAUCGACACAAGCUAUACGCCGAAUUCCCCGGCCGCAAGCAGCCUCUUCCUCUGCUGGAUACUCUGGAUAAACCUGUGUCGCGAUUCUGUCUUCCUUGCAACAACUUCGCCAACAGCAAGGGCGUCAACAACAAGGGCGUCAACAACAAGGACGUCAACAGCAAGGACGUCAACAGCAAGGGCCUCAAUAUCUCUCCUCCCGUUCCGACCGAUCCAGUCUCCUCUGUACUAGAGCCGGUCACAUCUGCGGUUGACCCACCUGCGCCCACGGUUGAUUCACCUGCUCCUACCGUUGAAACUGCUGCUCCCGUCGUCGACACUGCUGCUCCCGUACCACCCACCGAGUCCUCUGUCGAUCCGAUCGUCCCACCCGCGGAUUCCUCUUCUCAAACCAUCGCACCCACCCCUGAUGCGACAAGCAUUGUUCUUCAACCCACUGGCGGCGUCGUUGAUGAGACGCCCAACGUGGCGGGCUCAACGGAGCUUGGCUACGCCCCUCAGCCCGUCGGCACCCGUCCCUACACGGAUGACACUGGCCGCAAGUUCGGUAUCAUCACUGACUCGUCGAACUCCUCAAUGAUUAUUUCCUGCAGUAACGGCAACAUGUAUCCUGUCAGAAUCAACAGCCCAGAGAAUGAGGUUUGCUCAGAGCUAUGGGCUGCUGCACAGAAUGUGCUUAUCUACGAUGGAGCUGAGCGUCUCAUGCACUACUAUACCAACACGAUGUUAGUACUUGGAGUUUCCCGGCUUCGAGUUGGACCCGAGUUUGUGGCACCUGCAGGCGCUGCCGUGGUCACGUGGGCGGUGUACACUGCCCCGGAUGGAGCCAACGGUUCCUACUAUGUGGCUGUUGACUCCCAUGAUGGCCUCUUUUAUCCCAUCGUCUGCGAUUACUCGGAUGGAACCGCUUCCAGACUAUUUUUGGCCAAGGAUCCAGUAGCAGGUGUCACUUUGUUGGAAAGCGCAGAUGUGAUGUACUCGGUCACAGGAGGCCAGGUUUCGACCUGUCAGACGGUGGCGCUGGGCUUGAAGACUAGACAAGGAUAG